AUGCGAAGUGAUCGCCACGGUUCGCAACCGCGCGGUAGUUUAGUCCUGAGCGGUAAGGGGUGCCAGCUGAAACUAAAAACUGACCCAGCCGUCGCGUCGAUCAUUAAGGCUGAAGAGCAACGCCAAAACGCCGAAAUCGAACUAAUCGCUUCGGAAAAUUACGUUUCCAAAGCGGUUCUCGCGGCGACAGGUAGCGUUUUAACCAACAAGUACGCCGAAGGCUACCCGGGUCGGCGUUACUACGGAGGCACCGAGCAAGCCGACCAAAUUGAACUUUUAGCAAUCCGCCGGUUGUGUCAACUUUUCAAAGUUAACUACGCCAACGUGCAACCCCACUCUGGCACCCAAGCUAACAACGCGGCUUACUUAGCGCUCAUCAAACCGGGUCAGAAAAUUCUCGGUUUAGCACUGGCUGCUGGCGGCCACCUUUCGCAUGGCUACCGGGCUAAUUUUUCCGGACUUUAUUACCAAGCUGUCAGUUACGAUGUCGAUCAGCAAGGCCGACUUGAUUACGAUCAAAUUGAAAAAAUUGCUCGUCGCGAGCGACCGGCUCUGAUCGUGGCUGGUUACUCGGCUUACCCGCGCCAGAUUGACUGGGCGCGCUUUCGCCAAAUUGCCGACCGAGUCGGGGCCUACUUAGUUGCUGAUAUUGCUCACAUCGCUGGCUUAGUGGCAACGGGUAUGCAUCCGAGUCCGGUUGGUCACGCCCACGUGAUCACCUCAACCACUCACAAGACUUUGCGCGGUGCCCGCGGCGGAGUUGUCAUGACUAACGACCCCGACUUGGCCCGCAAAAUUGACCGGGCCGUGUUUCCGUUUUUACAGGGCGGUCCGCUUAUGCACGCUAUCGCUGGUAAGGCGGUAACUUUUGGUGAAGCGCUUUUGCCGGAUUACAAACUUUACAUCCAAAGAGUGGUUGAAAACGCCCAGGCGUUAGCCAGAGCUUUGACUAAACUGGGGGCCCAAGUUGUGACCGGCGGCACCGACACCCAUCUUUUAACGGUGGACGUUAAAAAGUCCUACGGAUUAACCGGUCAACAAGCGGCCGCUCAACUGGAGGAGCACGGCAUCAUCGCCAACAAAAACAUGGUUCCUGGCGACAGUGAGCCACCGACAGUUACUUCCGGAGUUCGUCUCGGCACGCCAGCGAUGACUACGCGCGGUUUUGGUCGCACCGAGUUUGAAAAACUGGCCCAGUUGAUCGACCAAAUUUGA